AGAAAAGGGUGGCCAAGGCCAGACUCGCUUCAAAUGAAGCGGGUGACCUGAAAAGGCGUCUGGAACCGAUAUAUAAACCCACAAUAGCCCCAUCUUGCAUCGAGCUUACGGAACGAUCGUGCGUUCAUUAUCAAUUAUAUAAAUAUCCUUCUUCCAGCGAGUCCUUCAGCGUAUAUUGUAACUCAGAUUCAUCCUCUUCUUCCUGGAUCUUGAAAUUGUAAUUCAGAUAAUUCCAAUCAUGUCGACCACACACGGGCUACCAGAGUUCAGCCUAGCCGGCAAGGUCGUACUGGUGUCGGGUGGUGCGCGAGGCCUUGGACUUACACAGGCCGAAGCAUUGCUAGAAGCUGGUGCACGAGUCUACGCACUUGAUAGGCUUCCUGAGCCCUCCUCGGACUUUGGUCCGAUCGCAGAACGAGCAAGAAAGGAUCUCGGAACAUCGCUUGAGUACCGCCAGAUAGACGUGCGGGACGUAAAGAAGCUGAAUGAGAUCGUCGAUGACAUUGCAAAAAAGGAGGGAAGACUAGACGGGCUGAUUGCGGCGGCCGGUAUCCAACAGGAAACACCUGCAUUGGAGUAUACUGCUGAGGAUGCGAACCGGAUGUUUGAGGUGAACAUCACCGGAUCCAUGAUGACUGCACAAGCUGCUGCGAAGCAAAUGAUCAAGUUCGGCAACGGCGGAAGUAUCGUGCUUAUUGCUAGCAUGUCUGGCACUGUGGCGAACAGGGGUCUUAUCUGCUCAGCGUACAAUGCUUCGAAAGCAGGUGUAUUGCAGCUCGCUCGCAACCUGGCGUCAGAAUGGGGUGAGCACAAAAUUCGCGUCAACACAAUCUCGCCAGGUUAUAUUGUGACGGCUAUGGUGGAGGAGCUUUUCAAGCAGUACCCUGAGCGAAGGGAAACAUGGCCGACGCAGAAUAUGUUGGGCCGCUUGUCCAAGCCAGAGGAAUACCGUGGUGCUGCAGUUUUCCUUCUUAGCGAUGCGAGCUCGUUCAUGACUGGGUCGGAUCUGAGGAUAGACGGUGGCCAUUCGGCGUGGUAGUAAUGUAGUUGCACAUGGAGAAACAUAAAUUCAUAACGUUGAAAGUGCUU